GUGGCGGCGGCUCGGCGGGACCCUCAGGAGAUCACCCGGCACGGCCGCGUCCGGAGUGUCUCCAGACACGGAGAACCCACGAGCUCCCUUCCCUGGGCUGCCCUGCCACGCUCAGCGCAAAGAAUUUGUGCUGAGGAGAAACUUUUAUGUUUUAGUUUAUGGCCGCUGCUCCUCGUCCGGUCGUUGGAAAGAGCAUGGCACCAUCCUCUUGGCACUGCCUUGGACAUAUUUGCACGUGUGGCUGAUGACGGCCCCUCUCAGCGUUCUCUCCAGAAUAAACAGGGCCAGCGCCCUUUCCUCAUGAGAGGUGCGCCAGUCCCAUAAUCUGUCACCCUCCGCUGGGCCCUCUCCAGGAGCUCCUUGCCUCUCCUCCCCUGAGGAGCCCAGAACUGGAUACAGCAGACACAGGAUCAGCUCCCUCCGCCUCCUGCCGCUGCUCUUCCCGGUUCACCGCAGGAAAUGCAUCCCGCGGCCGCACGGGGAUGUGGGCGCGGCCUGCGCAUGCGCGGGGCCGAGCCGAGCCGAGCCGAGCCGAACGGAGCCGAGCCGAGCCGAGCCGAGCCGAGUCCACCCCAGCCGAGCCCAGCCCAGCCGAGCCGAUGCUGCGGUGUCUGCGUCCCCGCGGAUGCAUAACCCCGUUUUCCACGCAUCAGAGGGGAAUGCUCAGGGAAGCAGCCUCUCCUUCUGGCCGAGUAGCCUGGGCCUAAAUCACUUCUCCAGCAUCAGCAAAGGCACUGGAUUUGCCAAGCCUCUACCUGUCUUUGCCACCUGAGCCCUGGAAGAACUUAGAGGAGAUCCUCAGCGUCCCUGGUUCUGCCUGGAUCUGCUGUGAGGCGGAGCAGCAGCACGGAGGAGCUGGUGAGCCUGGCAGGGCUGCCUGCAGCUUUGGACAGCACCCUCAUGCUCCCCAGGAGUGGCCUCCAGCACGCAGCUGGCACCUCCUACAGAUACAAACUGCAGUGCCUCUGGACCCAGGUGAGGCAGAUCGCCAGGGAGAGGGACAAGGCCAGGCUCAGUUUGGAGAAGGCAGAGAGACACUGCCUGCAGCUGGGCAGGGAGCUGGAUGAGCAGUACAUCGCUCUCGAGCACACCCAGAGCAAGCUCAGGAAUUUUCAGGCAGAAAUAGAGGCAAAAGAGCUGCUGUUGCAGCAAGCAGUGAGUCACCAGGCGAAGCUGGAGGCUGAUACACGGCUCCUCCAGGGCAAAGAGGCCAACCUGCAAGGGAGACUGAACCAUGUGAUGAACGAGAACACGCAGCUACAAAACAAGGUCACAGAGAUGGCUGAGAAGCUGUCAGCCUCUGAGGAGAUGGUGUUGGAGCUGCAAAAAGAACUCAACCACAUUGUGAAGGAUAAGCUGGAGCAGGGGGAGCUGCAGAGCCCAGAGUUCCUGAAGCACAGCGAGCGCUUUGCCGAGAUAGUCCUGGAGUACGAGCGGCAGUGCCAGGUGCUGUACGACCAGAACGCAGCGCUGCGCGGGGAGCUGCAGAGGCUGCGCCUCCAGCUGCAGCACAGCAGGGCUGAGCCGGGGCUGCCAGCAGCAGAAAAGUCACUCCCAGUGGAGCAGCUCCAAGAGCAGCUGCAGGACCUGAGUGUGCAGCUGGAAACCGAGAGUGAGAAGGGCAAGGAGAAGCUUGAUGUCAAGAGGCACCAGCUGGGCUGUGAGCCCCCUGAGCACCAGGCUGGUCACAGCGAUGGCCCUGGCACUGCCCAGCUGCAGAGCCAGAGGCUUCUGGAGGCUGAGUGGCUGCGAGGAGCGGAGGUUGCUGCAAGGCUGGAGCACCACCAGAGGCACGCAGCGUGUUGGCUGCAGAUGGAGCUGCUCCAACAGCAGCUGCAGGUCUCGCAGGAGAAGCUUUUGGAGGCCAAAGCAAGGCUGAGCCUGGCCCAGGCCCAGCACGCUCUGCAGUUGCAGCAGGCCAAGGCCCAGGUAAACAACAUGGUGCCAAAGAAGCACUUUGAGCAGCUGCAAAGCACCUUGAGAGAGGAACGGUGCAAGGCUCAGCAGCUCCAGGAAAGCCUCCAGCAGCAGGCUGAGCAAACAUGCAGGCAGCUGCUCAGGACCCAGGAGGAACACGAGCAGCUGCUGCAGGCAGCAGUGGAGCAGGCAGAGGCGCUGGAGCAGAGUCUGAGGAAUGCUGAAGCUGUGCUGGCAGAGAGGGCAGCUCAGCUCAGAGAUGCCCAGGCACAGCUCUCCAGGAACAAAGUACUGAUCGAAGAGCUCCGUGGAGAGAACAGGAGGUCUGCAAUGGCCCUGCAGGCUGCUGAGCUGAAGCAGAAGAGCAUGCAGGAGAAGAACCAGCUGUUGGAGGACCAGGCCUCAGCUCUGAAGCAGCUUAUUGGAAAAAUCACACCAGCAUCUCUGAGCGGGUGAUGGGACAUCUGCAGUGGCAGCCCUGCUCCUGGCUGGGGCUGGCCAGGUGCAGAAUAGGAUGGAUGGCUGGGUUGGGACAUCAGCCUUGUCCUCUCUGGUCUUGCCAGGAUUUUCCUUGGCAGAAAGUAGCAAAUAGGGAGCCUAGAGUCCUUUGAGGAAAUUGCUGCUGUGGAUAGGUGAAUUUUCCAGCUGAAGGCAGCAGCCGUGGUGCCUUUCUCAGUGGCAAUGUGCUGCUGUGUCAGGUCUGAAUCAGGGCAGCCAUCUCCCAGGAUUUUCUCUGGCAGUGUUUGGUGGUGAUACAGGUGCUCCCUCUCUGCAGAAGGCUGAUGUUGGAGCCACAGUUAUAUCUCAAAAGCCAGGGCAGAAGGGCUCGCAGGUUCCUGUGCCUGGCUCACUCCGAGCAGGAAAGCUGAGUUGUGGCAUUAAACUGUUUGUAAUGUUACAGCACCUCCUGCUCUCCCCAGUCUACUCUGCACUUCAGUAACCUUCCCCAACUGCUGCUGAACAUUUAUUCCUGACAUAUUUAUUAUUUAGCUCCUCCUAAAGCCUGGGCCUAGGAUCCAAAACCAACCAGAUUGUUGCCUCUGCAGUGAGCAGGACAGAGCAAUGCUGUAAUGCCCCAGGUGUUUAUCCUGUUCCUGCAUUCUUUCCCAGCUAUUUGCUUUUUCAGCUCCAGUCUGAGAUGGGGGCUGAGCAAACCUCUAGUCUUACCUAGGGCUAACGUUUUUGCAAGUGUUUUCCCAGACACAGUGCAAGAGCUGAGCCAUUCCAUCAGGAAAAUCAGACAGGGAAAGCAGCUCUUCACCUUGUUCUGGUUUUGUGCUGACCAGAAUCCUCAAAACCCUCUGCUCCCUUUCCCAGCCCUACUCCACAUAGCCUGGAAAACCCAGGCCCCUGACCCAGACUGCAAUGAUCAUUCACACAGCACCUCAAGAAACAUUUACAGGUCUCUGACGGGGACAAGGCUUCGUGCCUAAUCCUGGAAAGAACCUUGUGCAGCCUGAUCUGACACUUGGAGGAGCAGUUCCACUGAGAUCCUGAAAUAACCAUCACACUGCAGGGUGAGGAUGGGUUUGGCUGGGGAGCCACAUCACAGUGCUGAAUGAACACCACAUUAACUCUUAAAAACCCAAGAGACUGAGGCUGAAGGAGUUCUUUAUUUUGCAAUCAGUUUUCCCAGCUUCUAGAGCCCAGCCAGUCGGUGUCUCGUUCCCAUAGGCACAGUGUGAACAAAGAACUAUUCCAAACAAAAAU